ACACAUCCUGCCUUCCUCAGUCCUCACUCGGUCACUCCCCCCAAGAAGAGAAGCCAAGCCAAACCUGCCAAAGACGACAUUUUUCAUGGACGCCGGCGCAGCAACCGCCGCCCGGGAGCGCCCGGCGCCGCCCUCGCCGGUGCCGGUGCCGCAGGCGUCGCCGGACCCGUCCAACCCCUUCCCCACCACGUUCGUGCAGGCCGACACCACCUCCUUCAAGCAGGUGGUCCAGAUCCUGACCGGCACUCCGGAGACCGCGGCGGCCGCGGCGUCGGGCGGGACGCAGGCGUCGCCGCCGGCCCCGCAGAAGGCGGCGCCGGCGCCCCCGGGCCCCAAGAAGCCGGCUUUCAAGCUCUACGAGCGGCGGAGCAGCAUGAGGAGCCUCAAGAUGCUCUGCCCCCUGCUCCCGGCCGCCGCCGCCUUCGCCGCCGCGGGCGGCUCCGCCGGCGCCGGAUUCUCCCCGCGUGGGUUCUCGCCGCGCGGGCUCGAGGUGCUGUCGCCCAGCAUGCUGGAUCUCCCGUCGCUCGCGCUCGGGAGCCCCGUCACGCCGCUGCCGCCGCUGCCGGGCUCCCAGGAGGCCGCCGCCGCCGAGGACCGCGCCAUCGCCGAGAAGGGGUUCUACCUCCACCCGUCCCCGCGCGGCAAUGCCGGCGCCGGCGCCGACCUGCAGCCGCCUCCCAGGCUGCUCCCGCUCUUCCCCGUGCAGUCGCCGUCGCCGACCGGCCGGUCGUGAGUCCGUGUGACGGCAUCUUGGCUUCCCCCCUCCCCUUGCUCUAGGCUGGCCUGCUCGGUACGCUCUGCUGCUUGUCGCGGCGCUCCUCAAGCUGGAGGCCGACCCGAUCUGCGGAUGAUUUGCUCCUACCUCUCGUCAGCUCUGGGACGAUGUUUCCUGUAUCUUCAGUCCCCAUGUUGUAAUCUUGGUGUUUGUAACAGUGAUUCGGCGCAUAAGAGAGGGAUUAAUUGAUCACCGAA